AUGGCAGACACGUAUCUUAGCGAAGAUGCAAAGAAGUUGCUGGAUGAUCUUGCUCUUGCACUUCGUAGUGUCAAAACUCAAGACGAUGGAAAUGGUAACCUCGAAUAUGAGCACAAAUCUGCAAAGCCGUUCGUCGAACCUAUUCUCAAAACAAUAGGCCUUCCUGACUGGAAUUUCACGGUGUGGAUGUGGAACACAUCUUUCAAAUGGCAAGAACUACCCGGGCCCGUCAAUAUCAUUCCGAUUUGCAACAUAACAGAAUCCGCGAGAAGCGAACCAGGGGGUGCUUUAAAAUUUGGCCUAAUGAGGCGAAUCGAUGGAAAAGUUACUGUUGAGCCCCGACUUACGGCAAUUUUUGCGGUCCCACCUAUUGCAAGGUGA